GAGAGAUGGGGGGAAAGAAAUGAAAUUCACGGGAGCAAGGACACGGACACGCCGAUGUAAAGUAGAGCCACUGGAGGGAACCGAGGAGACCGACCCAAGAAGUCCUUUUGCGGCGGCGGGCGGCCAUGAUCGGCGGGCAGGCGGCGGACAGCCAGCCGCCGUCGGCGUCGGCGUCCUGCUCCUCCUCGUCCUCGUCGUCGCCGUCGGGCCCGGCGGCCGGGGGCGGGCUCCGCAUCCACCGCAGCAAGAGGCGGCCCGACAUCCUCAACAUGCUCAUGACUGCAGCGUGUCUCAGUUCAUCAUCAUCUGAUACUGGAAAAGGACAAAGUAAGUUGUCGAGCAACAAAGUAACACAUGGAUUUCACUUAGUGGAAGGAAGAUCUGGCCAUGACAUGGAAGACUACCACGUAGCAGAGUACAGAUAUGAAAAUGAUCAUGAACUUGGUCUGUUUGCCAUUUAUGAUGGCCAUUUGGGAGAUAGCGUGGCCAGUUAUUUGAAAGCUAAUCUUUUUAACAACAUACUGAAAGAGCCUCUCUUCUGGUCGGACCCUCAAGAAUCCAUUAAAAAUGCAUACAGCUCUACAAACAAAUAUAUUCUGGAAAAUUCUAAACAACUAGGACCAGGCGGUUCAACAGCAGUUACUGCUAUUGUAGUUGAUGGUAAAGAUAUGUGGAUAGCAAAUAUAGGUGAUUCAAGAGCUGUUGUGUGUGAAAGAGGUACUGCUAAUCAGCUUACCGUUGAUCAUGAACCCCAUACAACUAAUGAACGAAAAAGGAUUGAAAAGCAAGGUGGUUUUGUUUCUACUUUCCCCGGUGACGUUCCUCGUGUAAAUGGCCAACUUGCCGUUGCAAGAGCUUUUGGUGAUCAGAGCCUCAAGGCGCACUUGAGCUCAGAACCGGAUGUUAAGCAUAUACAGAUAAAUCCGAGUGUAGAAUUUGUCAUACUUGCCAGUGAUGGAUUGUGGAAGGUAAUGAAGAACCAAGAAGCUGUUGAUCUGGUGAAGUCGACCAAGGACCCACAAACAGCAGCGAAGCGACUAACAUCCGAGGCCCUGGGGAGGAUGAGCAAGGACGAUAUCUCGUGCAUCGUCAUCCGGUUCCGAUGCUGAGUCUCGCACCAUCCAUCUCACUAGUAUGGGCUUUUUCACAUUUCUCCUUAUCUGCAUCCACGGAAUGGUCUCCUCCUCCUAUACCAGGUCUGUGUACAUUGUAGCUGGUGAACUCUGGAUCUGUGGGCAGCUCAGGACCGAAGAUGUGGGCAGGUUCUUGACCAAAGGAAAAACUGUUGGGUUGGGUGUUUGCAGCCUGUUCAGGCUGUUUCUUUUAUGUGCAUAUAUGUAUACACGUUAGAAGCAAAUAUAUACUGUUGGGCCGGAGACAAGAAAAUAAACUGCCCGAAGAUGCAAAGACGGUACAGAUUGUAUAUGUAAGACUUGGUAGUGCUAGUUUGAUUGUUGUUUUUAGUGACUCGUGUGUGUUUUAUGUGAAUAUGUACACUUGAGAAUUUGAGAUGAAGUACCGUUGCCAUUCACGUCCGAAUGGAGCCAGAGCUAAUGUUGGAUGGCUUUUCUCUGGUGUUUUA